AUUUAUGCUAUGCAUAUAACCUAAGGGUUUUGUGGUUGUGUGAUUUUUGUUAUUGCAAAUCAUCCUAAGUUGUUCGAAAAGUAGAAAAAAGUUGUUGGAGUUUGUAUAAUCCUAGAAAAAUAAUUACCCUGCUAAAAAGAAAUUAAAAAUGGCCCGCCGGUAUGAUACCAGGACUACUAUCUUUUCGCCCGAAGGUAGACUAUAUCAAGUUGAAUAUGCUAUGGAAGCUAUUUCAUUAGCCGGCACUAGUUUAGGUAUUUUGGCAAAUGAUGGUAUAUUACUAGCAGCAGAGCGACGAAACACAAAUAAACUUUUGGAUGAAGUAUUUGUCUCUGAAAAAAUUUAUAAACUUAAUGAUGAUAUGGUGUGUAGUGUAGCUGGCAUUACGUCCGACGCAAAUGUGCUCACUAAUGAACUGCGACUUAUCGGCCAGAGGUAUUUGUUCCAAUAUGGUGAAUCUAUUCCUUGUGAACAAUUAGUAUCAUGGCUUUGUGAUGUAAAGCAAGCAUAUACCCAGUAUGGUGGGAAAAGGCCAUUUGGAGUUUCAAUUCUGUAUAUGGGGUGGGAUAAGCAUUAUGGGUAUCAGCUGUAUCAAUCUGAUCCCAGUGGAAACUACAGUGGCUGGAAGGCUACAUGCAUAGGAAAUAAUAGCUCGGCAGCAAUUUCAAGUUUAAAACAGGAAUAUAAAGAGGGAGAAAUGACUUUAAAAGAUGCAAAAGCGCUGGCAAUAAAAGUGUUGAUAAAAACUUUGGAUAUGACAAAAUUAACAUCUGAAAAAGUGGAGAUGGCAACAUUGACACGAGUCAAUAACAAGACCAUCAUUCAUAUUCUUGCAGCAAAUGAAGUAGAAGCUCUCAUUAGUGAAUAUGAGAAAAGUGAAGCCAGUUCAGAAGCUGCCAGAAAAGAGAAAGUAGUUGUUUGAGUCAAAUUUUGAUUUUGAAAUAUAAAUAUUAAGUAAAUUCCAUUGGUUAUUCAUUUUGUUUAUAAAUUUUGUGGUCUGCCAGUUUUUGGUCCCUUUAUUUACUUGAAUAAUCAUUGAAAGAACUUUUAAGUAUAAUAAAGCUAAAGAUGGACUCACA